ACGAAACAUCCGUUUGAUGAUUAUCGCGUCAAGGUCAGGGCUUUAUUCUGUUUGUCAGAACGAAUACGUGACAUGACAUAACGCGCACAGUACACAGCAAAUUCCGAUUUCGUCGAUGACUUUCGCAUUUCGUCGCGAGAUAAAGUUGCAUCAUCGUGGAUUAUCGGAACGAUGCGGAUUAGGAUCGUUUUCCUCGAAAUCAAAGGCGGAAAUCGUUUCGCAUCGAUAUACGCCAGAAUGUUUGGAACGUUGGAAAGUUCGUAUUAACCGCGCCGCCAAUUCGCGUACAAAAAUAAAAGAUACGCGGGGGGCUGCUAUUGAUAGAUUCGCGGAUCUCGCGUGCCAAAAAUCUUUGCAUCGUGCGAGUGCGAGAUAAACUAGUCGGCCAUUUCGCACGAAUCCGGUGUGGCGAAUUGCGUCUCGUAUUUUUCGCGUUUACUCGCUAUCUUACGGGGAUCAUCAGCCGUAAUUCUUUCGGCGAUUAGCUCGAACGAAACGAUGUGCUUGAAAAAACUAUCAACUUCCUUUUUUUCUGGGAAAUAUACGUAAUACCUCUCGAUGCAUUUAUCGAGCGUCGUCCCACGUGCGACGUCGUCGAGGGACAGUCGCGCGGUAUUUCCCGACGCUCGUUCCUUCCACGACGUCAUGCUGUUUCUCGGUCGAGUUCUCGGUAUCGUGGCGAUCCUCGCCGCUACUCGACCAGCGGUUGCGUUCGACUCGUGGUUCGUCGACUUGAUCCACGACUCCGUCACCGUGCUGUUUCCACCGGUAAGAGUAUCGGCGCAUCUCUGUCGUCUCGACCAUGACGGCGCGAUCGAGCUGUCCAGAAGGAUGUCGAGGAAGGGUCUGGCUCAUGACAUACAUGGCGAGUCGCAGGGAUUCGAGCUACGAACGCGUCACGACGGCUGGGAACAUCGAAUUUUGUACGUGGUGGACCUGGAUUGCGACUACGCGAUUCCACUCUUGCGAGCGGCAAACGCGAGCGGCCGGUUCUCAGCGCCGAUCAGAUGGCUUCUGCUUCGAGAUGGCACGAUCGCUGGAAACUCGAUGGCUCGCGUGGAUCGAACGUUCAGCGAUAUGGCCGUUUAUCCGGACAGCGAGGUGAUCGUGGCGACGAAGCUGCGAGUCGACGAUAGCUUCGCGGAAAUAACGUCCGUGUACAGGCCUAGCCCGUAUCACGAAGUUAUAACGGAGGAUCGAGGAAACUGGACGGUGGAUGGCGGCGUUCGAGCGGCGAAUCUGCACGCGGCGUCGCGACGAAGAAGGAACCUUCGACGGACGCCUCUGAAAUCCUGUCUCGUGAUGACGGAUCCCGAUACGAUCAACCACUUAACCGAUUACGAAAAUAAGCAUAUAGAUGCGGUUACGAAGGCCAACUAUCCUUGGAUGUUGCAUAUAGCGAGCCGAAUGAACGCAACCAUCGACUUUCGCGUGACCAACACCUGGGGAUAUCGACUGGAGAACGGGUCGUGGAACGGCCUCACCGGGAUGCUGCAACGACGAGAGAUCGAUAUAGGAGGCACGGCAACCUACCUUAUUCAACAGCGUAUCGGUGUAAUCGAUUAUGUACAACUUUAUACCCGCACCAAAGCGAAAUUCAUUUUCCGUGCGCCUUUGCUGUCCACCGUGAGCAACAUUUUCACGCUGCCGUUUCAACGAUCCGUCUGGAUAGCGAUCGGCGUUUUUCUUCUGCUGGUACUCGGCUUGCUCUACUUUUCCUCCAAAUGGGAAUAUCGUCGGGGAGCAUCGGCGAAAAGCGCCGCAUAUUGGCAGCAAUUUUAUCUGGACGAACAAACGCUCAGUGAUAAUUUCAUGGUCGUGUUGGGUGCUUUUGCGCAACAAGGAUACUCUUACGAGCCGUAUCGCGUUCCCUCGCGAAUCGUCACUUUGAUGCUUUUACUCGCCGCUCUCAACCUGUACGCCUCUUACACGGCCAAUAUCGUCGCUCUGCUCCAAUCCACCACCGACUCUAUCAGAACUAUCGCUGACCUGUUCUAUAGCCCGUUAAAAUUGGGGGCGCAAGACGUGGUCCACGUUCGACACUACCUCAAGGUAGGCGGACCAAGAAUUCGCGAAGAAUCGCACCUCCUGCAACCCGGUUUACCAACUCGAUCCAGUAACAAUGUCCGUUUGCCGAUCUUCUCGCAGAGCUUUCAAGAUCCUCUGCGAAAAGCCAUAGUGGAGAAGAUCGAACCAAAGGGUCACAACAGCUCGUGGUUACCGGUCGAAGAAGGGGUUCGACGCGUUAAAGACGAGCUGUUCGCGUUCCACUCGGAACUGGGCGCGUUCUACAAGAUAAUGCAGGAGACGUACCGGGAGGAAGAGAAGUGCGGGAUCACGGAGAUCGAUAUACUGAACAUGUUAUAUCCGCUUCUGGUGAUCCCAACUCGAUCGCCGUAUCUGGAGAUCGUAAAAAAUGCGGCUUUGGCGUUGGCCGAGACUGGUCUGCAAACCCGCGAAGACAGCCGGUUGUACACGAAGAAGCCCGAAUGCCAAGGACAAACGAGCUUCGUCAGCAUAGGACUCACCGAGUGCUAUUUCGCGUUGGUGGCGGUGGGCUACGGGGCGCUUCUCAGUCUCGUUGUGUUGGCGGUGGAACAUCUGUGGCAUAGGAAAGGAAGCUUGAUCGACCUCCGGGCCGCGAAGAGGUUCGCCUCGGACGCCUUGCCGUUUCCCGGUGAAACACCGAACGACAACGCGACACCUUGGAACGAAGGCGAUCCGUUUGAGUUCAUCGAGGAGAGUCAUCGCUUGCCGAGCAAGGAAACGGAGAAUGGCUCGGUGUCAGAGGACGCGGAUGAUCGUCAACGACGAGGAACACGUUCGACCAUCGGGGAUUCGGUGAAUUCGGUUCAAUGAAAACCAUGAGGUCGAGCGUGCACUCGGGUAAAUCUUCGACGCACUUGGCAGGGUUGCCGGCGAAACGGGUAAACGAGGGUACGACGGUCUCCGGUGGUACCACCGCUCCAUCCUCGAUGUAGCAACAGUCUUUCAGGACGCACCUUCUCCCCUGCGUAGUUCAACAAGCACUUACUCUUUGUGUUGCUUCAAUUCGUGCAAAUACGUAUAAAUAAAGUUUACGCGUGUAUGCCUUAUACGUA